AUGCAUGUUACAGCAAAUGCAUUCACAAUAAAACUGAAGCCGAAAACGGAAAAGACGGAGGAACAACAAGAACUGAGUGAUGAUGAAAAUGAAUUUAGAAAUGAAAUGCAGAUUUCUCAGAAGAACGACAUUUUUAGCACUCAGUUGAAGCAUAAUUUAAUUAAACUCAUGUCAAAUUGUGCACAAUUGAUUCUCAAUGGUUCCGACUGA